GAUAAUCGCAAGAGAUAAACAGAUGCUGAAUUAGCAUUCAAUUUAAUAUAGAUAUAUUAUUGAAUGAGAAUGGAUGGUCUCUUUAAAAUUUUUACGUUAAUCAUAAUACUUGCCAAUUUAACAUGGGCGCAAGAAGUCUUCGUAAAACUACCCCAAGGUUUCAUACGUGGAAGAGUCUUGGAAACAUUCAACAAGGCAAAAUAUUACGCGUUCCAGCAAAUUCCUUACGCAGAUCCUCCAAUUGGAGAACUAAGAUUUAAACCACCGACGGAGCCGUCCAUGUGGCAAGGUGUUUUAAACACCACAGAAAACACGAAAAUAUGUUAUCAAAUUGGAGUUGAAGAUGACCGUGAGAAUGAAGAUUGCCUCUAUCUCAAUGUUUAUACACCCAAAGAACCAGUGACCGAAGGAAUUCUUCCAGUUAUAGUUUACGUUCAUGGUGGUGCGUUCAUUAUGGGCAACUCAGUUCUAGAAAGCACCGGGCCUGAAUUCCUGAUGGAUUAUAAUGUGGUUGUAGUAACAGUACAAUAUAGAUUGGGAGCAUUUGGAUUUCUAUCAACACAAGACGAAGUUAUACCUGGAAACAACGGGUUGAAAGAUAUUUUAUUCGCAUUAGAGUGGGUUAAAACCUACAUCACCCUCUUUGGAGGGAACCCCAACAAGGUCACCCUAGCCGGGCAAAGUGCCGGAGCGGCCCUAGUUGGAUACCAUGUUAUUAGCGAAAAAUCAGAAGGAUUAUUUAGAGCUGCCAUUAUGGAAAGUGGCUCGGCUUUGUGCUCCUGGGCUUACCAAAGGUACUCCAGAAAGUAUGCGUACCAAUUGGCCUCAUCAAUCAACAAUAAUUUUACCGCAGAUUCUACUUCUGAAGAACUACUCAAAUUUUUACAAAGGGUUUCUCCACAAGAAAUCAACAAUGCCAAAUUUGAAGGUCCUUCGGGUCUUCAGCUUGGACAAGGUGACAUUUUCGCACCUGUCAUAGAAGUUAAACAUGAAGGUGCUUUUAUUACGCAGUUUAUGCACACUCGUUUGCUUACGGGUCGUUUUAACCGUGUGCCCACAUUAAUCGGGGUCAACUCUGAGGAAUUAAUUUACUUGGCUGGAGACAUUGAUGGGUUUAAGAAUCAAAUGCAACAAUACGAUGGAAACAUAUCAUUGAUUGUUAAUGAGGACUAUAAUGUUAAAUCGGAGGAUUUAAUACACGUUGGCAACAUGAUAAGAAAUAUUUAUACUAAUAGAUCUUUUGCAGAUGAUCUUGGUGCAUCAAUUAGGUUUAGAAGUGAUGUAAGGUAUACAACAGCCAUUGCGGCUCAGGCCGCCCUUCAAUCCAGAUAUUCUGAAGUUUACUUCUAUGAAUUCUCUUACCACGGUUUUCUGGGCAAUAAUAUUGUUGUUGAAGGAGCUGGCAGGGUGGCACACAGUGAAGAGCUUAAUUUCUUGUGGAGUAACCCCAACAACAAGGACAUAACAAAGUAUCCCCCUAACGACGUUAUAACUCUUUUAAGAAUGCUUAAAUUAUGGACACAAUUUGCCACAUAUAUGAAUCCCACGUCGGAAGAGAUUCCACUAUUACAAGAUGUGGACUGGCCGGAGGUAAGCCCAACCAACUUUUCGUAUCUGGAAAUUGGAGAAGAAUUAACAAUUAAAGAGAAUCCUAAGAAAUACAAAGAAUGGAAAGCAAUUAUAGAUGAAUUUGGAAACGGGCCAUUUGACACAUAUUAG